AUCAUCUCAUAUCCUCACUCUCUCAUCUUUCCCUUUAUCCACAAUCUCUCUCUCUACUUCUUGCGCUUCCAUGGAAACUGGCUUCAUCUCCGUCAGAUCCUCCGAAACCCUAACCCUAGCUGCUUUCUCUCCGGCGAUUCUUCCGGCGGCCAGUUUUCGGUCCAGCCGUCGCGAAUUCCUCGGACGCUGCCACAGUCUACGGCCGCCCGGUGGUUUUCAUCUUCGGACACGCGCCAGAAUUAGGAAAUCCGGUUGGAAUCCGACUCGAUCGCCUCCCUUUGUCGUCAGAGCUUCUCUGGACACGGGUUUGAUCCUUGUUGUUGUCGCUGUCACCGCAUUUUCUGCCGCCGCCUUUGCUUACUGUCAACGGGGUUACAGAAAGCGGAAGAAUUCGAGCGAGGUAUCAGCAUCUCCCGAUGCGACAAUCCAUGGUGGCAUUACUGAGGAACAGCUGGAAAUUGAACUUUCAGAUGGUGGCGAUAUUCAAAAGGGGAUCCCAGUGGAAACGAAUGGAGUUCUGGAUGCGAAGAUAGAUAAUUUGGAAGAGAAGUUGGAUCAAAUCCCGGAACACGCCGCAAUGCAGGAUGAUUCAGUUCUGACCAAACCCUCGGAUUCAACGCCUGAUAAUUCUCAUUUUACUGUCUCCAGUGUCGUUAUGAUUGCAAAUGAACAUAACAAUGUAGAUCAACCCAUUGCGGCUUCUACACUUAGUGGGUCUGUUGCUUUACAAUCGGUUCUGGGUGGGGAAAAAGAUGCUGAAAAUCAAGUUGAGACCAAUGAACAGAAAAUGAGUUUGGACUUCGAUUUAUCAAAGGAAAUGGUGGGAACUCAUUCAAUUGCUUCUCCGCUUAUGGUAGAAGACUCUAAGGCUGUAGAGCAUGAGCACAAUGAUUUGCCCCAGAAGCCCUUUGCAUACAACAUCCCCCUUGAGUCCCCGAGAAAAGAGCUUCAUGCGUUUUAUGGGCCUACUCUUUCAGUGGCCGAGUCUCCAAGUGUGACCAGUCUUAAAGCAGUCUCUCCUUCUUUUGUUUCUUCUUCAACUGAGAUUUCCUCGCCGCAUCAUAAUGUCCUUGGAAUGAUGGAUGUUCAGGUAUCAGGACAGAGUUCCGUCGAGUCUGCAGUUUCAGGUGGAGAAAAAAUACCUGUGGAACAUGGUAAAGGAGCUUCAGUCCACAAAAAGACAGAAGUGAGAAGAGAUAGGAGAUUUCAGAGACAUGAUGAUGCAAGGCAUGUGGUUAACCAAACUGAUAAAAGUACACCACGGUUCCCCAACCGAAAUGGUGCGCUGACUAAUGGUAAUAGCCAUCCUCAGAGAACUCUUGACGCUUACAACCGUUUACUAAGAGAAGGGAGGCUGAAGGAAUGCAUAAGUUUGCUCGAAGAUUGGGAACAAAAGGAUCUAUUGGACAUGGAUAAGAUUCAUCAUGCGAGCUUCUUUAAAAUCUGCAAGAAGAAAAAGGCUGCGAAGGAAGCAUUUCGCUUUAUAAAGCUGGUUCCAAACCCCACGUUGAGCACAUUUAAUAUGUUAAUGUCUGUGUGCUCAAGUUCUCAGGACAUCAAAGGCGCUCGUGAAGUUUUGCAACUUGUACAGGAGAGUGGAAUGAUAGCUGAUUGUAAACUUUACACAACUUUGAUAUCGACCUGUGCGAAAAGUGGAAAAGUUGAUGCAAUGUUUGAGGUGUUCCACCAGAUGGCAAAUUCUGGAGUGGAACCCAACCUUCACACCUUUGGGGCACUUAUUGAUGGCUGUGCUAGAGCUGGGCAAGUAGCCAAGGCAUUUGGCGCUUAUGGAAUACUAAGGUCUAAGGAUGUUCAGCCAGACCGGGUUGUAUUCAAUGCCCUCAUCUCUGCCUGUGGUAAAGCAGGAGCUGUCGACCGUGCUUUUGAUGUGUUAGCAGAAAUGCAGACUGAGUCGCACCCGAUAGAUCCUGAUCACGUCACGAUCGGUGCAUUGAUGACGGCCUGCUUUAAUUCUGGUCAGGUUGAACGGGCUAAAGAAGUGUACAAGAUGAUGCAUGAAUAUGGAAUCAGGGGUACUCCUGAAGUCUACACCAUUGCUGUGAAUAGUUGUAGCAAGUCUGGAGACUGGGAGUUUGCCUGUAACAUAUACAAUGACAUGAAAGAAAAAGGUGUGACCCCUGAUGAGGUGUUUUUCAGUGCAUUGAUUGAUGUUGCUGGUCAUGCGGGAAUGUUGGACAAUGCUUUUGAUGUCCUUCAGGAUGCGAGGUCUCAAGGAAUUCGUGUUGGAAGUAUAUCAUAUAGCUCGCUUAUGGGAGCGUGUUGCAAUGCCAAGAAUUGGCAGAAAGCAUUGGAGCUGUAUGAAAAGAUCAAGUCAAUCAAACUUAGACCUACAGUUUCAACAAUGAAUGCUCUGAUAACUGCCUUGUGUGAUGGUGAUCAGUUGCCUAAGGCUUUGGAGAUUCUUGAUGAGAUAAAGGGUUUAGAUUUAACACCAAACACCGUCACUUACUCAAUGCUCAUGCUGGCAAGUGAAAGAAAGGAUGACUUAGAAGUAAGUUUCAUGCUCCUUUCUCGUGCGAAAGAAGAUGGAGUCUCACCAAACCUUAUCAUGUGUAGAUCCAUAACCAGCAUGUGUGUGCGGAGAUUUGAGAAGGCUUCUUCUACUGGUGAACCAGUUCUGUCUUUCAAAUCAGGGCGGCCUCAGAUUGAAAAUAACUGGACAUCAAUGGCCUUAAUGGUUUAUCGUGAGACGAUUUUAAGUGGGAUAGUACCUACUGCUGGAGUAGUUUCACAAGUUUUGGGAUGCUUGAGAAUUCCACAUGAUACUUCUUUGAGGGAUAGGCUAAUUGAGAACCUAGGAUUAAGCACUUCUUCACAAAGACAGCAUAACCUUUUCUCACUAGUCGAUGGAUUUGGAGAGUAUGAUCCUCGUGCUUUUUCAUUACUCGAGGAGGCUACUUCUCUUGGAGUUCUUCCAUCUGUUUCCUUCAAUAAAGUUCCUAUUCUUUUUGACUCGACAGAAUUGUCAAAAAAUAUUGCUGAGGUUUACCUCUUGACUAUCUUGAAAGGUCUUAAGCAUCGCCUUGCUGCUGAUGCAAAGCUACCUCAUGUUACCGUGAUCAUAUCCAUGGAAGAGAAGCAAAUUGUGACUCCUGAAGGAGAGAAGACAACCUACCUCGUAGGAAGAGCUGGUCAGGAGAUUGUUGCGAUAUUGAGACGGUUAGGGAUAUCUCAUAACAGGAAAGACUCAUCUGGGAAAAUCAGAAUCAGUGGUGCCUCCUUGAAAAAAUGGUUCCAACCGAAGCUGGCUUCCCCUUUCAUCGGGCAACCGGGAGACUUGAAAUCAUCCCAAGUACGAUUGGGAAACCAAAUAUUCCAUCAGCAACGCAGUAUUCGAACCGGGAACCUGUCACUCGAGUGAGGGGAGAAGCCCUUUCUCUUCCCCGAGAAAUGUCUUGAAAGAUUAGCUCAAUCUUACUUCUCUGGUAGCAACUCAUGCGGUCGAGGCAGGAGGAUGAACAACAGAAGAUUCUUGUUUUCAUCAAAUUUCAGCAUAAUUCUACUUCUGUGCAGAGAGAGAGCGUCAUAUGCCAUGGAGGAACAAUCUAACUCAUAAGAUCAAGUAUGUUUCUGUAUACGACGUCGCAGUUCUUUUCGCAUUCAUCUUAACUUGAGAAAAAUAAUGGUUUGUAAUUGAAUGAAUGGAUCAUUGUAAAAUGUUCAUCAAA